UGAACUCUAUCGUAUUGACCAAGACCACAUGCAUGGCCUCUCAGUUACUCCAUACUCCGGUUCCUAAUAUCGAAUCUGAUAACUAGUCAUACUUUACUAGGCUACAGCAACCCUCCUAUUUCAUAUUCUCUCCUGUUGAAGUCUUCCUAUACAUUUAGUAGCUAUACUCCUUAAAGAUAGCCGACAGACGAGAGACCUGGUAGUUCUUGGUGAAGUCCGGUCCCCGCAAUCCCCGUCAUCCAUCUCCUUCAGGUACCACCUACAAGUCACGUCCACGAGACACCUUGCCAUAUGCUGCGAGCUCCAGAGGUUAUAAUACACAUCACACCUGCGACCUACGUCCUUCCGAUGCCUACGUGAAGCUCCUCCGACUCGGUAUCAUCUCCCUAACCUAUCCCUUCCCCGACCUCACGAUGCGGCGACCACUAUCGAGCUCGCUGCUCGCCGCCGCAGCUCUCUCCUUGCUCCCGAUAACCUUCGCAUCCGCCCAACAAACCUUUGCGAACUUCACUUCGAUCGAUCUGAGACCCCGGACGGUUUUCGACGAUCGACCAGAGGACUGUCCGCCGUGCUUCAACUGCAACUUGGACGACUUCACGUGCCACCAGUUCGCCAACUGCUCCAAGGCGAGCGGCAAAUGUAUCUGUCCACCAGGGUUUGGUGGCGACGAUUGCAGCACUCCGUUGUGUGGCAGCUUGGCGGAUAGAGAUCGAGCUCCGCGGGCAGGUGAUACGUGCGACUGUAAUGACGGGUGGACGGGCAUAAACUGCAACCUGUGCAAAACGGACAAUGCAUGUAACGCGUUUAUGCCAGAGGGCAAGGGUGGCGUAUGCUACCAGCAAGGGUUGAUGGUGAAGGAGAACUACCAGAUGUGCGAUAUUACCAACAAGAAGAUCCUACAGCAGUUGAAAGGGAAGGUUCCGCAGGCCACCUUCGCCUGCAACGCGGACCGGGAAGAGUGUAACUUUCAGUUUUGGGUGGACGAAAAAGAAUCCUUCUAUUGCGCAUUGGACACGUGCGUUUGGGAUGUUCAAAUGGAAGCGAAUCGCAACACGACCAAAUAUACCUGCGAGAACAUAUCGUGCGCCUGCGUACCAGGAAGGAUGCUCUGCGGUGAAUCGGGAUCGGUCGAUAUCGGCGAAUUUCUGGAAGAGUCUAUCAAGGGACCGGCAUCCUUCGCGACCAUCGCCACGGAAGGCGGAAGUAAAGAUGAUGGAAGCGUGUUCUCCGAACCUGCCAUGAACGAUCUGAUCUCCAGUAUUUUCGGCGACAAGAGCAUCUUCCUCAGUUGCAAUGCCGGUGAAUGUCUCUAUAAGACCGAAGUCCCCGGCUACGAGCGACCGAUCAAGAAGAUCAACACACCGCUCAUCGCCGGCAUCAUCGCUGGAUGUGCGCUCUUUGUCGUCGCUGUCAUCCUCCUGGUGUGGUACCUGACGAGACGAUCCGCUGCUCGGGGUGGUUACGGUCCCAUCCAUAUCUCCGAUGAUGAGGAGGACGAGAACGCCAGGUUGCUUGCGGGUCACAAUCCUGCAGGGCUGUAUUUCCAGAAUGUCUCGUAUAGACUGAACGGAAAGCAAAUCCUCGCGGGCAUUGAAGGUGCGGUGCAUCCGGGACAACUCAUGGCGAUCAUGGGGGCUUCUGGUGCAGGCAAAACGACCUUCCUCGACAUUCUUGCGAGAAAGAACAAGCGUGGGGUCGUGGACGGUGACAUCUACGUCAACGGAGAAUUUAUCCCGGAUGAUGAAUUCAAGAGCGUUAUUGGCUUCGUGGACCAAGAAGAUACCAUGCUGGCAACGCUGACUGUCCACGAGACCAUCCUGGACAGCGCGAAGCUUCGCCUACCAAGGGAGAUGAGUGUCCAAGCGAAGGAGCAACGAGUUGAGGAUGUUGAAAGGCAGCUAGGGAUUUAUCACAUCCGCAAUCAAAUUAUCGGCUCCGAGGAGGGCCAACGGGGUAUCUCAGGAGGUGAGAAGCGUCGGGUGGGCAUUGCUUGCGAACUGGUCACCAGUCCCAGCAUCCUUUUCCUCGAUGAGCCAACUUCUGGACUUGAUGCAUACAAUGCCUUCAAUGUUGUGGAAUGUCUGGUCAAUCUGGUCAGGAAUUAUAACCGAACCGUCGUCUUUACCAUCCAUCAACCACGGUCCAACAUCGUGGCCCUCUUCGAUCAACUCGUCCUCCUCGCCCGAGGCCGCAUGGUCUACUCUGGCCCCCUCCCCAGCUGUCAAUCGUACUUCGACAGCCUCGGCUUCAGUUGUCCCCCGGGCUUCAACAUCGCCGAUUACCUCGUCGACCUCACCAUGCACGCUGGAACGCCCCAUACCCCAAUCGACGAAGAUUCCUCCCUCUUCGCCGCACCGUUGGGCCUGCGCACCUCCGCCAGCAGUGCCAUCGCCGUCAAAUCCAUCCCGAGCGUCUCCAAUCUCUCCAACCACGACGAUCCCUCGCCCGCCAGCCCCUCCGAAGAGCGCCGAUCACUCCUCCGCCCCUCCGAAGAGCGCCAAUCUCUCCUCCGUCCCAAAGGCAAGCGCCGCACCUCCAUCCGCGCCCUCCAAGAACGCCAGCUCUUCACCCGCAAGAAACAGCGAGCCGACGACGUCGCGAGCACCCCGCGCACCGACGACGAAGGAUCCAUGGCCGAUCCGAACGAGGAACCCCAGCAAUGGCUCCGCCUAUCCAAACAGCAUGGCCUUCCGCCCCCGCAGAUCCUCGAUGAUCCAGACCACCUUCCACCCCCGGCGAGCGGCGGCACCGGCACGAACCUCGACAUGCUAGUCGCCAGCUUCACGUCGUCCGACGUCGCCGCGGCGCUGCACGAGGACAUCUACGCGGCGAUCGACUCCGCCACCGCGGCGAACACGCCUACCGCGGACGGCGCGCUCACGCCCAAUGGCAGCGGGCUCGGCUACGCCAAAAUCAAGGGGUUCCGCAAGGUCGGGUAUCUAGGUCAGACGGCGAUCCUGUCUGUGCGCACGUGGCGCAACCUCUACCGCAACCCGAUGCUGAUGCUCACGCACUACGCCAUAGCCAUCGUGCUGGCCGUGUUCCUCGGGUUCCUCUUCUACGGGCUCACCGACGACAUCAAAGGGUUCCAAAACCGGCUCGGGCUGUUCUUCUUCCUGCUUGCGCUCUUCGGGUUCAGCACGCUGACGACGCUCACCGUCUUCCACCCGGAGCGGCUGCUCUUCGUCCGCGAGCGCGCCAAGGGGUACUACUACCCGAUCUCGUACUUCACCGCCAAGGUCAUCUUCGACAUCGUGCCGCUGCGACUGAUCCCGCCGCUGAUCAUGGGCGCCAUCGUGUAUCCGAUGACGGGCCUGGUGCCGCAGUGGGCCGAGUUCUUGCGGUUCAUCUUGUUCCUCGUGCUGUUCAACCUCGCCGCCGCGGCCAUGUGUCUGUUCAUCGGCGUCAUCAUCCACAAUCCGGGCGUGGCGAACUUGAUCGGGAGCUUGGUGAUGUUGUUUAGUUUAUUGUUUGGUGGAUUUUUGCUGAAUCAUGAGACGAUCCCGGGGGCCUUGCGGUGGUUGCAAUCCCUCUCGAUAUUCCACUAUGGCUUCGAAGGACUCAUCGUCAACGAAGUCGUCACGCUCAGCCUCGUCGAUCAUAAAUAUGGUCUAGACAUCGAAGUGCCAGGCGCGGCCAUCCUCAGCUCCUUUGGAUUCAACACCCAGGCACUCUGGGACGAUUGUAUUGGCUUGGCCGUAAUAUGUGGGGCGUUCAUCGUCGUCACGUAUCUGGCCAUGCAUGUGAUGCUGAUCGAGAAGAGAUAAUCGGAUGAUCGUUUGAGCAUGCAGAUGUCUGGACGUGUUGGUUUUGGAUAGACUACAUCGCGAGCUAGGACCGAGGCGGUCAUUGUAUAUAUAUAUACCUAGAUCUUGCUCGUGCUGGAUGUACCGGCUUUUUUGGUCCAGUUCACUUCAAAUACAUGA